CUUUAUGUCGUAACUUCCGCCCGUAUUAGGCUCGAAGCGAAAACUCUCAUUCACAAAACUCGACAUUCCACCCACUUCCUCAAUGCUUCAACUUACAACAACAAACGCAAUAUGGGUUAUGAUCUCAAUUUCCACUGAGACAUCACAAACAUGCGACUCGUUAAGAUUGACUCUGCGCUGGUAGCAGCAAACGAAGAAAACUACAACUCAUACUUCCACACUGAAGCCGAAGCUCCCGGAGAAUCAAUCCCAUCAGAAGUCCCACAGUCAUUCAAACGCUGGCUUCCCCUCAUAGCAAAGUCUCAGAAUAUCUCUCUCGAGCAGAUACAAAUCACCAACAUCACCAGCAAACAAGCAAGAUUCAUUCUCGAAGCUGCGCAAAGUUCACUGCAUACGAGGGAGCCGAAUAGACUUUAUGCAGAGGAGCUCGCAGAAUUGGCACUGAGUUUCAACACUCUCAAUUUUACACUAAAAGGCUUAUUCUUGAGAUUGGAUGCUUGUUCUGCCAAAGAUGGAGUUCGAGGUAUCAGCCCGUUGAGGACUGCGGAGGAAAUCGUGUUGCGAAUCACGACUUCACAUCGGGCUACAAAUUCGAUUUUGAGGUGUCUUGAGAGUGGUGAUGAAGCUUUUGAGCUCUUUUUCUUGCCAUUUAAUGAGCAUAUGAGGACGGAAAACGAGUACAGGGUCUUUUGUGCACCACCAGAAGGGAAGAUCACUGCUGUUAGUCAGUACAGAUGGCACAAACCUAAUUUCUUCUCUGCAAGACCGGCAGAUGAGAUAAGUCGGGCCAUGGAAAGAAUUAUGAACGGUGCUCAAGAAGUACAUGGAAAUAUUCUGGAUGAGGUUAAAGGUGGCAAUGGGGGAGAAAUGGACAAGCUACUACUCCAGCAAGGUUUCACUUUUGAUGUUAUGUUUGAUGAGGAAAGCGAGGAAUGCAAACUCAUAGAGCUGAAUAGCUUUGGAGUGAGAUCUGGCUGUGGUUCAUGUUUAUUUCAUUGGUUGAGGGAUUGGGAUGCUCUUUAUGGAAGACCAAAAGAUGGAGGGGGUGAAGUUGAGAUUGAAUUCCGAAUUUCAGUCUAGAUUGCUUUAGAGGAC